GGAAGAGAUAUGGUAUUGGAAAUAGUUGUAUCAACAGACGGUAUUGAGCCAUUAUUUUUUAUAACAUCUGAUGAUCUUACCUAUCAAGCUCGUUGUCCAUUAAAUGAAGCUAAACGCUUAGGCCAAAAUACCGAUCAUAUUUCAAGCAUUGAAAGUGAUACAACAAAUGAUAAUUUUAAAAUGAUCGCAUCAGCACAUGCAUUAUUUUCGAUGUUAGCUAAUGAAACCAAAUAUCGCCAAUUAUCGAGUAUCAGCCAAAAUUUAUCUGUAAAGCAUAUUGUUACUACAGAGCAAAGAAAGAAGAAAAUUAUUGAAGAAACAUUGCAUUUGAUUAAUAAUACUACUGAUAUUAAUACUUUAACAAUAAAACUGAUCACAUCAACACUAGCAACAAUAAUAGCAGCGACAACAGCAACAACAACAACAACAACAGCAUCAGCACAAGCAGCAACCACAACCACAACAAUAAUAGCUUCUACUUCUAUUACUGAUGCUACUGCUAUUUCUACGACAAUAACAGCAACAACAACAAUAGUACCAACACAAACAGUAGCUACAACAACAACAAUAGCUUCUACUUCUAUUACUGAUACUACUACUAUUUCUACACCAACAACAACAACAAUAGCUUCUACUUCUAUUACUGAUACUACUACUAUUUCUACACCAACAACAACAACAAUAGCUUCUACUUCUAUUACUGAUACUACUACUAUCUCUACACCAACAACAACAACAACUCUUACUAUUGCUACUCCUACUCUUACUGCUAUUGCUAUUGCUGAAACUGUUAAAUUGAAACCUGAUAGCACAACCGAUGAAUAUGAUGAAAAUACGAACAGUACUAUUGGUCAUUCAAGAAGUUCAACGAAUUCGAAAUUUGAAAUUUAUACCUCUAUUACGAAUAAAAUUAUUCCAGAAGAGAUUAUCAACAAUGAAAAUUCAGAAAAACUUCCAAGAAUAUUAGAUGUAACAUCUGCCGGACGAAGUGCUAUACUUCCAGAAGUAACUUUAACUUCCGAAAAUUCUGGAAUAUUUUCGAAAACAGAAAUAUUGGAUAAUUUGAUAGCAACAGCAACAACAACAAUUCAAAAGGGAAAUGAUGUUAUAUUGAAUGAAGCAGAACAAAAGCAUGAAAGCACGAAAAUUUCACCUAUCAAUGAAACCAAAAAUUUAUUUUUGGGGUCAAAUAGUAGCACUUUGUUUACAAAUUCACAUAUCACCACUCUAUUGGUUCCUGGAAGUAGCAGUGUCACAAGCACGACAUUUAUUGAUAGUAGUAGUACAAUUAGCACCAUCGAAGCACUUCCAAUCAUCUACGCAAGUAAUGAAAUAAUCCAUCGUCAAUCAGUGUAUAACACGAUAAUAACAAGCGAUGAUAUGAUAGAGACAUUUUCAUCAACAUUGCCAACAACGAUGGAAUUUGUAGUACCAACGAUAUUAUCAGAUAUUGAACAAAAUUCAGCAAAUACCGAAACUUUAUCUUCAUUGUCAUCAUUACCGUCAUCACUAUCAUCAUCAUCAUCAUCAUCAUCAUCAUCACCAUCAUCAACAUCAUCAUCACCAUCAUCAACAUCAACAUCAUCAUCAUCAUCAUCAUUAACAGCUACAACUAUGGCUGAUAUUAUUGCAGCUACAACAACGAUAACAUUGACGGAAAUAACAACAACAACAGCAGCGACAACAACAACAGCAACAACAACAUUAGCAACAACAUUAACAACAGCAGCAACGACAACAACAAUAACGCCAAUUGGAACAACAGAGACAACAACAAUAACAGCUGAAACAAUAAGAAUCAUUCAUGAUCAUCCAAUUAUUGCAACACUACAAGUACCAUUAUCCACUAUUGUUGCAGAAAAAGAUGAUAAUGAUGUUUCCAUUCAAAGCGUAGGAGAAAUUGCUUCAACGAAUGUUACGAUAGGUUCAUACAGCGCAAACAAAUCAAUACCGCACGUGAGUGGAACAGGACGAGCAACAAAGGAUGCCGUUAUCUUUGAUAUCUUCCAUAACGGACAACCAGUUGAAGCAGUGGUUGUCGGAAGUAAAAUUACGCUUAGUUUUAUUCCCUACUAUGCUAUUCCACCGAUAUAUAUGAGCAUAAAGGGAUGUCAAGUUGAACCGAUCGGAUCACUUUAUGAAUGGGAACGAGAACCGUUAGCAAUAAUUAAGGAUGGUUGCCAGGCGGAUCAUGUUGGUCUAGUUUGUCCACCACAAAAGACUGAAUAUGGUAUCCGAGUAACUGCUGAAUCAUUCCGGUAUCAGACAACUUCACGAGUACAAUAUUCUUGUCUUGUCAGGAUUUGCCCCUUUGCACCAUGUCCGAUGGAAAAGUGUGAAGAAGUGGAAGGUUGUGGUGAAUCGAAUUUGUUAUCUAAUACAUUUGGAUUACGUUCCAAACGUCAUAUUACGAUCGAAGAAAUACGCGCAGCGCUAGCAGCAAAUCCUGAUUUACAACGGCAAAUACGAUUAAUGAACCGAUUCGGUACACAAGGUCAAACAACAUCAGAAAUGCAACAACAGCUGAUUGAACUUGGAGGUGAUCACGUUGUUAAAAAACAAUUAGUAGUAGUGAAUUCCGAGGAUGAACUAAGAUACUACGUACGGACAGGUGAUGUACCUUAA